AUAUCACAUUAUGACAAUCAAAAUUUUAUCAAUUAUUUUGUUGACACUAAUAGUAAAUAAAUGUGUCCAUACAUUUAAAUAUAAUUAUAUAACCAAAGAUGGUCUAAUACAUUAUGAUAGUGUCAUCAAUGGGACAGUACCACCUAUGAAAGGAAUGGUAGCUUCGAUUAUAUACGAGAAUAAUGUUAACAAAACUGGAUGGGCUAACUUAGAGUUACAAACUUAUAUCAACUAUACCGAUGAUAUCCAGUCAUAUUUAGGUGGUUUUCUCGAGGGCUAUAUUACUGGCCAACUAAUUCAUUAUAAUUAUCGCAACAAUUUCGACGGCUUUUGCGAAAACAGCACUUUUUGUGAAUUACUCAAAGAGUUUAUGAAAAGUAAUUAUGAAUUCGUUGAUAGUAUGGCAGCUAAAGAAGUGAACAGCGAUUAUUGGCAUCAAAUUAAACUGAUUUACACACAGAUUAGGGGUUUACAGGAGGGCUAUAAUAAGUGGAAAAUAGAAAAUAAUAUUAAAAAUCCACCCGAAAGUCAAUAUUUGGAUGAAUUAAUGUUCAUAAAUAUUGGUUCAGAGUUGUCAAAUUUGAAACAGAUAUUACUCAAAAAAAAUAUUCGGGUCACUGACCACUGUUCGGCAAUUGUUAAACCGUUGGCCGACGGCAGCGAUCUUUAUGUGUCACACAAUACGUGGAGUACUUAUCAAACUAUGCUAAGAGUGCUCAAGAAAUAUAGUUUUGCAUUCAAUACUAUUAAAUCAAAUUUCACAAAAAGAAUAGCCGGCCAUUCGGUCUCUUUUUCGUCAAAUCCCGGAUCUGUACUCUCCGGUGAUGACUAUUAUGUACUGUCCUCUGGACUGGUAGUUCAAGAGACCACAAAUCAAAAUUAUAAUAUGUCUUUAUUGGCUAAUAUACGAGCAAAUAAUUCAAUCUUAGAGUUUGCACGCAAUGUUGUGGCCAAUCGAUUGGCUAAUUCGGGCAAAGAGUGGACAGAUUUAUUUAGUCCAUAUAAUAGCGGUACAUAUAAUAACCAAUUUAUGAUAGUUGACUAUAAACUAUGGAAAAAGGGUACCAAAGUAGCAGAUUUACCCAAUAAUUUGCUUUGGAUUAUUGAACAGUUCCCAUCAUUAAUGGAAGCUCAAGAUGUGACACCUGUGCUGAGAGCACAGGGAUAUUGGGGAUCGUAUAAUGUGCCAUAUUUUAAGGAUUUAUAUAAUAUAUCUGGCAAUGCUGAUAUGGCCCGAAAAUUUGGACCAUUUUAUAGUUACACUGAGACGGCUCGGGCUAUGAUAUUCCGUCGAAACCACUCAGAGAUUGUCGAUAUGAAGACAUUGUAUGCAUUUAUGCGAUAUAAUGAUUUCAAAAACGAUCCGUUAUCUCAAUGCAGUCACUAUAACCAGACCUGUAGUCCUCCAUAUUCAUCUGCUCUGACCAUUGCUGCCCGCAAUGAUCUAAAUGAUAUCAAAGGAAAGUAUCCGUUUUCUUGGUGGGGUCACUAUGGAGAGGGUGCCACCGAUGCUAAGAUGACCAACUCUUCAAUGGUUUUGAAUUUGGAAAUGUUGGCCGUGUGUGGGCCCACCACUGAACAACAACCACCGUUUCAAUGGUCUAAAAGUGAUUUAGAUCUUAAACAUUACGGACAUCCAGAUAUAUUUAACUUUAAGCCUAUUUAUGCAAAAUGGGAUCCAAUGAGAUAUCAAUUGGCAGAUGAUAUUUGA